ACUGCUGAGCACGACCACAUCAGACCUAAGUUUUGAUUUAAAUUUCUCACGAAACUCUUAAAAUAGCAGGCGAAAUACAGUUCAGAGUCAUUCAUAAUCCAGAGCAAGAGAAGCGACAUGCGUGGCUAUAAGUUCUUCACCUUUGUGGCCAGUGUCCUAAUCCUGGGAGCCCUGCAAGUGGGAGCAACUGAAACUGAGAACAAAACAGGUGAAUUCGUGGCCACCAAGGAUUGGCAGGUGAUUGCGGAAGGACAAGCUAUACCCAAGGGUCUGCAUGUGCGGAUCAAUCUGCAGACGGGACUCAAGGAGGCGAAGCUUCUGGACGAAAGCGAACGUGGCACAGCGCUGCAGAGUCAACAAGAGGGCCAGGCGGCAGAUGAGAACGAGCCGCUCUCCUUGGACUACAAGCCGGACAUUAUCGAGGAGUCGCUGCGUCGGGUCAAGGAGAAGAAGAAGAGCUACGCGGAGCUGAGAAAGGCGUACAAGGAGUUCCAGAAGAACUUUCGCACGGACGGAGAGCUGAUUGUGCAGCUAAUUGAUCAGUACCGGAACUUUAGCAAGACGCCGCUGGAGUCGGAGCUGCGCUCCAAGCUGGACUCCCUUGAGAACCUGGAGUACCUGCUGCAUCAGAUAGAUAAUGCCCUGUUGUUCAUCGAUAAUGGCGGGCUGGAUGACGUCCUCCUGCCAAUUGUGGUCAACGAUACCAACACGGCGUUGAGGAUAUCAGCAAUGAGAGUCCUGGGUUCCCUGGCCAGCAAUAAUCCCAAGGCGCAGAUUAAGGUCUUCGAAAAAAACUUUGGCUCUCAUCUGGCGCAGAUCCUCAGCAGCUCUGGGAAUGCCGGGGAGAUCUCGGCAGCUCUCCAUGCCUUUGGAGCUCUGUUGCGGAAGUUUCCGCUGGCCCAGCAGCGAAUACUAUCCACCUCUGGCACCCAGGCCUUGAUCAAGGUGCUUCAAAGUCCCGACGUGGAGCUACGCAGCAAGUCCAAGGUAGUAACUCUCAUCAGUGACCUGGUGCAGGAGAAGCGUUUCGUGCUCGAGACAAGCAAAGAUGCGCCAGAUGCCGCCUCCACGAUGGCGCAGUAUGUACUGUUGGAGUUCCAGCCCUGGCUGCAAACGCACGGAUACUGCCCAGCGUUGGACAAUGUGCUUGCCAAGGACUACUUGCAUCUGCUGGAGCAGCCAGAGAUUGUGGAACAGUUUGCCACUGCUUUGGAGACUACCGAGGACCUUUGUAGUGCUUCGUGGUCACAAAGCUCGGGACUGAGGCAUGCCCUCCUAACGGUCCGCAAUCGGUAUGCCAACAGCCAGGACGAAUACCGACUGGAGGUCUCACAGGUCCUUUCCAAGCUCUGCGAGAGGCUGUUCAACAAGCCCAAGCACACCGAACUGUAAGCCUAGCCAAUUAUUAGUUAAAGUUCUUAUUUAUUCUAAGCUAAUUUUGAAUGUAAUUCGUAGCCAAACCAUAGACCCAAAUUGUUCAGGGUAAGUUAAGUGAACUUAAGCUAAAACAAACUAAGUUGCCAAGUACUUGUGAUGCGAAGUAAUGCUCCUUCUGCGUAAAAUAUAAAGACCCUGUCAUUAAUUUUAAUGUUAAUAAAGAUCAGGUAUUAUUAUUAA